AUGGCGCCUCAUGCUGAGGAUCCUGUCCUGCUGGACUACAAACCAUACUCAAUGGAUCCGCUAAAGCCCAAGGCUAGGAAUGCGGUGCCUUCUUUGGACGAGGAGACUACAUCUAGUGCUACACGGGUGGGAAAACAGCUGUCAGAGACAUACGAACCAGGACAUUUGCAGCCAGAGCGCCAUGAAAAUUAUGCAUACGACUACCUUGGCCCGCGCUUUCCUAAUGUCCAUUGGGAUGAGCUGAAAGACAUCGCUUAUGAGGACAAAGGCCUUCUUGGAGAUCCGCGCUUUCGAAAUCUUCUUGAUGCUGCCGAAGAUGUGUUCGACUACAUCCCAAAGAUUGGCACAGAAAUCAGUGGCCUUAGGCUGACGCAGCUCACUGAUGCGCAAAUGUGUGAUCUGGCAAGGCUCAUUGCAACUCGGGGAGUUGUGUUCUUCCGCGAUCAAGACGACUUCGACGUUGAGGCUCAAAGGGAGCUGGGAAAGUUCUUUGGCACGCUUCAUAAGCAUGCUACGACUUCGAUGCCUCAGAAGGAAGGGCUUGAAGAUGUCCAUGUCGUCUACACGACAGAUCAAUCUUUGGACCAACGGGCUCUCUUUACCCCGACAUAUUUGUGGCACUCGGAUGUGACCUAUGAAGCGCAGCCUCCAUCGUAUACAUCUCUCAAAGUUUUGACCGGUCCACCACGAGGUGGCGGAGGCGAUACUCUCUGGUGCUCGCAGUACGCAAUCUACGACGUUCUGUCGGCACCAAUGCAGAAGUAUCUUGAGAGCCUUACGGCACUACAUUCAGCAGACGAGCAAGCUGAAGGGUCUCGUGCAGCAGGCAGGCCAGUCCGGCGCGACCCCAUCACUACCGAACACCCCCUGGUCCGUGUCAACCCAGUCACUGGUUGGAAGUCACUAUUUUUCAACCCAGGCUUUGUCACAAAGAUCGUCGGUGUCCCCAAAGCCGAGAGCGACGCCGUUAUUCGGUAUCUCAACGAAUUGAUCAGCACGACUCAAGAGGCUCACGUGCGUUUUCAAUGGGGCAAGCAUGAUGUUGCGAUCUGGGAUAACCGGUGUACAAAUCACACGGCUUCGUAUGGGUUUAUGCCGCAUCGACGACAUGCCGUGCGGGUCACGGUGACUGCUGAGAAGCCAUACUUCGAUCCUGCUGGGAAGUCCCAAGAAGAGGAGCACAACAAGAAAUGGGGUCUGCCGCAGACAAACAAGGACGGUUCAAGAAGAUCAAACUAUAAUGACUAG